AUGAUCGCCGACAGCAUGGACAGCAACUUUAAUCAGAUUCUGGAUAUCGAAUUGCCGGUAUCUCAACGCGAGUUCCUUGUCUUCAUUGAAUCUAGAAAAAGGUCGAAAUCGAGACUUGGUCAGGUGCCAGCCCAGCUUCCGGACAGAGGAAGGAAGAUAGACGGACGUACAGCCAUCGAUGUCGGCGAUAUGCGAACAUGUCGUGUUCUGUGGCUGGAACUUCUACCAGGGAAAUCAGAAGAGCUGCUAGGCGUGGGUGGGAUGAUGCUGGAUCUCGGCAUGUCUAUCCUUGAGACAUGCAUAUGUAUGAUGACAUACCGGUACCAUCCGGCUUCUCCAGGAACAGCUGAGGGUGAGGUUGAGAAGAGAGAGAGAGAAAUCUCAUUCCUCGCAGAUGAGCGGAAUGAAUAUUCCUGA